AUGUCCACUAAAGAAAAGCGUAAAGUUCUUCUAAAACUUCACAAGCAGUUUGGCCACGCAUCUGCAGAAAGACUUCAGAAGCUCAUUCAAAGCUCCGGAAACACUGAUCAAGACUGCCCCAUCAUUCUGCAGGAGACCAUUCGUGACUGUGAGAUCUGCCAAAGAUACAGCAGGUCCAAGCCAAAGCCUGCUGUUGGUCUGCCAUUAGCUUCACAGUACAAUGAGACAGUGGCUAUGGAUCUUCAUGAGCUGGAGCCUGGCGUAUGGUACCUCCACAUCAUCGAUCAUUUUACACGUUUCAGCGCUGGAAACAUUGUGAGAACCAAGAAACCUUCGGAAAUAGUCAACUCGUUCAUUCACUCGUGGAUAAGUGUCCAUGGCGCACCAAAACGGAUCUACACAGACAACGGCGGGGAGUUUAACAAUGCAGAGAUACGAGACAUGGCAGAGAACUUCAAUAUUGAGACUAAGACAACAGCAGGAUACAGUCCCUGGAGCAACGGACUGUUGGAGAGACACAACAUGACACUAACUGAAAUCCUUCUAAAGGGAAUGGAACUCUCAAGAGAUGUUUACAUUCAGCCCCCACCUGAGGCUGAAGGAGACAAUGUAUUGUGGAAACUAAAGAAAUGUGUAUAUGGACUUGCAGACGCUUCUCUUUACUGGUACAACAAGGUCAAAGAACUGAUGCUGAACACAGGUGGAAAAAUGUCUCAGAUGACUUCCUUUGGGCAGGAUCUGAGCAGUUUGUGA